AUGGGUGAUGAGGAGUCGGCCAAUUCCAUUCUUGUCUCAUCAUACCUCCACGCCUGCCGUUGGGAUCAACCGCUGAGUUUCGUAAAAGAUGAUCCCAUGCGGCAUGGUUUCGGAUUCCGACAGCUCUCCCUACGGGAUGAAAGAAGAGAUGGUGAUCCCCAAGUCACCAGUGGACACUCCCGGUACCUCGCUUUCCAGUACAAUGACCAGCAUGGAAUUCCCUCGUCACUAUCCUCAGCUUCAUCGACUUCGUCGCUUGCGUCGUACCAGUCCAUUCGGAACCCUUUCAUCUGUCUCGUCGUCGUUGGAGAUCAGUCUAGCGGAAAGUCAUCUCUCCUAGAAGGCCUGACCGGACUCUCUUUCCCUGUCGCUUCGGAACUAUGCACCAGAUUCGCAACGCAGAUUGUGCUCCGUCGUGCUCCUGCGUCGGAAGCAGCGGUUUCUGUGUCGAUUAUUCCGGGUCCUGCUGCUAAUGCCGACGAAGCGACCAAGAAGAAGCUGCUAGAGUUUGAGAGAACAAUGGAAGAGAAGGAUUUCGGGGUCACGCAGUUUAGUGCUAUUUUGGAUGAGGCUGCCCUGGGUCGUUUUUCGGAUGACAUUCUGAAGAUCGAGUUGUCAAAUCCGGAGCACAGUCAUUUGAGUGUUGUGGAUGUUCCUGGUCUCUUCCAUAAUCCCACAAAGUUUCAAACGAUUGAGGAUAAGGAGGUCAUCCGCAGCUUGAUUCAAAGAUAUAUAACUGACAAACGUACCAUUAUUAUGGCUGUCAUGGAUGCGCGAAACAACCUGGCCAACCAAGAAGUCUUCCAUAUGGCUCGUGCUGCCGAUCCGGAUGGUCUUCGUACCGUUGGUAUCAUCACUAAGUGUGAUGCGCUUCAGGCAGGUGAUGAGCACGGUGUUCUCGAGAUCUUUCGCAACGAAAUGGUACGCCUCAACCAUGGCUGGUUCGCCGUGAAAAACCGAUCCACGAAAGAAAUCAAAGAAGGGGUCACCAUGGCCCAGCGACACAUCAACGAAAAACAAUUUUUCAACACUACUCCGUGGACGAAUUUGCGCAGAGAUCGUGUCGGUAUCAGUUCGCUCAAAAGCUUCUUGGGCCAGGUCUUGUUUGACCAUAUCCGCAACGAGUUCCCCGGUUUGGUAAACGAAGUCAGGAAUCUCGCGAAAGAAACUAAUAAAUCUUUGGAGAGCCUUGGCCCUUCCCGCCAAACCAGCGCGGACCAACGUCAAUACUUGAUAAAAAGUGCUGUGAAGUAUCAACGUGACGUGUCCAAUGUCCUCAGUGGCAUUUACUCCCCCAAGCUGGAAAGCGGAAGUCCGCGGAAGCUGAGGACUUGGCUUCGAUUCUUGAUGGAUGAAUUUUCUACCCGGAUGGCCAAGGAAGGACAUCAAAGGGCGUUCAAGCUUGUGAACGGGCGGACUGAUCCAGAGUACGCCAUAUAUGCUAACAAGAAAGAUGAGGAGAGUAAUGAAAAUACUGAUGAGGAUGGUUAUGGCAAGAGUGAGGAUGAGAGUGCUGAUGCGAAUGACAUCGAAGAAUGGAUUCGUUCAUCGUACCAUGAAUCUCGAGGGGUGGAGCUUCCUGGAACCGUCAAUCCACGUUUGCUAGAGAGCCUGUUCCGUGAGCAAUGUACCAAUUGGGAGAACCUAGCAACGGAGUAUCUGUCCAAGAUCGUUAAAGCGGUGGGCGCUUACGACGGAAACGCGCUCAGAGAUUUCGUAACAGACAGCUCGGUUCGUCAGAAGCUGCAGACGCGACUCAAGGCCGAAAGGCAAAACGCGGAAGAAGAGAUGUUCGCUGAGCUCCGCAACAUCCUCGCUGACGAGCUAAGCGGAAUUUUGCAAACGGUUAAUCCUUCUUAUUCCGAUAUGCUAUCCACAACCAGAAAUAAACGCGUCCAAGCUCGUGUCGCCUCAAUGGCCAACAAGGACCUUACAUUUCUUAUGAUCAGUGAACACCGGUACAAUGAGCAACAAACGGUUGAUGACAUUCAUGACAUUCUCGCGGCGUACUACAAAGUAGCUCGCCAGCGAUUCGUGGACAAUGUCAUUAUCCAGGCCGGAGAAAGAUACGUCGUUGGCAAAACGGGCCCCUUGAAGAUCUUCUCUGCUGAGUAUAUUAGUGUUCUUUCGAAUGAGGAGCUUUCGAAAAUUGCAGGUGAGAGCUAUGCCACUUUUGUGGCUCGGACUGAGAUUACCUCGCGAGGCGAGAGGCUGCAGAAGGCGCUGGAAAUUGCCAGACGUGUGGGAAUUUAG